AUUUACCGCUCUGAGAGGCCAAAUCCAACAUCACUCAUGAUAUCCUGGGGUGUUCCAUUGGACCAAAGAACUACCAAUCACAAUAAGACCAUACUUAGCCAGGAAGAAGGUGAUGAUGGCGUCUGGAAAGGAGGACGAGAUUGCAUAGUAAACAUAUUGACCAGAAAUAAGUUUUAUACUCGCAGCAUUAAACAGCAGAUAAUGGACACACAUUUGAAAUCUGAUGCUGAAUGCAUGAGAAAAGAUCCAGAUAAACAAGUAACUGAAAUAGAAAACAGUCAAACAUUGAAUCUCAUUGGUGAGCAGGCAGUGUUAUCAGUGGUCAGUAACUCAUCUACAGGAACAACACCUGUAACAAGUGAUAUUCCAAUCACAUAUGUAGUGACAGGUUCGUCCAGUUCAGAGAUAGUUCAGCUUUGUGAAGGGGAAAAAACUGGGACAGGGCAGCCUGUAACACCCAUGAUAUCUACUAUGACCUUGGACGAAGAAAAUUCACCUGCCCACUUCCUUCUGGAACGUCUAGCAUCAGGUGGAUCACACAUGGAACCUUUGAAUGGUGAGACAAUCCAGAUUGGAGUUGACCCUAGUACUUUAGUGGGUCUUAGUCAAGAGAAUGGAGUCCCUGUGUUGUUGGAAGUGACUGAAAAUCCUGGAAGUGAAGUCAUACAUUCAAGAGGAGACUCAGAAGCUGUGAUGACUUCAAUAUGUACAGGUGCAUCUUAUUCAACACCAUUGUACACAAUACAGCUUGGAAACUCUGCAACACUCACUAGUGCAAUUCAUCAGCCAUUACAGACUUCUUCAGAAAAUCCAGCAAACAUAGCUAAUGUCAUGCAUGCUGAUAAUCAGUCUGUUAUUGAGAUUCAAGGGGAUCACCAACCUCUUCAGCUUUUAAACACAACCACUGGUUUAGAAGAUCUAAUGGAUGUUGUUACAACAUACCGAUGUAAAUUUUGCCGAUUCUCUUGUGUAUGGAAAUCAGGGCUUAUGUCUCACAUUCGUAACUGUCACAUAGAGGCAGCCCAGAAGCUUGAAAGAAGUCCAAAUUCAACUGAAAAAACAGCUUCGAAGAAAAACUACCCUAAGACAUCUUCAGCUCCUGAAAGUAGUGAAACAUCUGAAAGUUCAGUCCAGCUGGAAAGAGAAAUCUCAGCUGACCAUCAGAACAAUGAAGCAACUGUAUUUUAUGGGCAUGUGAAAGAAGAAGAAGCAGACCUCUCCAGCUCUUCUUGUCAGUAUCAAGAUGUUGGUACUCAAGCUGCCCAAGAGAAACAUAUUUUUCUUUGCGGCCAUUGCAGCAGGGGUUUUGAUACACUGGAUGGGUGUAAGGAUCACAUGAUUAAGGAUCAUAAACUAAAGCUAAAUGACACAGAAACUUCUCAGGCUGAAAAAACGACAGGUCGAAAGAAAGGAAGAGAUUGGAGUUUUUUAGCUGAUGAUAAUUAUGAAACACUGACAUUAGAACCUGGAAAACAGACAUCAGGCAGGAAGAGACUUAGCACAUCAAAAAUUUUAGAUGAUAAGUUUUUCUUUGAAAUCCCCAGGAAACGGAUUCAAAGGGAUGAUUAUAAACAGAAAAAAUUUAAGUGCAAUGAAAAAGGUUGUGGGUAUCGAUUUAUAUCUGAAGCCAACCUUCAAUAUCAUAUACGAUGCCAUUCAACUCUUGAAAAGCCCUUCUGUUGUCCAGAAUGUAGUCUCUUGAUUGACCACUGGCGUGGGCUCAGCAUGCAUCUCUGGCGGUUCCAUUCAGUAGACAUUGAUUUGCACACCUGUUCAACAUGUGGUUACAAAACUUAUAGCCACUUCAAAUUGGAUAAUCACAUGCGUAUUCAUAGUGAGCGACGGGACUUCAUGUGCACCACCUGUGGAAAGUCUUUCAAACAACUUAGUCAGCUUCGUAACCAUCAUGUGAUACACCUAGACAAAAAGACCAUCACAGAAAAAAGAUGGUACAGUCAACAAACCUGUGAUAUCUGUCAACGGACUUUCUCUGACUCCAAAUGUCUAAGAAAGCACCAACAAACAGUCCAUAGUAAAGUGAAGCCCUAUGUUUGCCACUUCUGUGGUCAUUCCAGUGCUCGUAAAGCUAUGUUGCAAUUGCACUUGCGGCAACACACAGGUGAGAAACCUUUCCUGUGUGAAAUCUGCGAAUUCCAGACGUGUGAUCAUAAUUCUCUUCGGCGUCAUCGCAUGAGACACACAGGAGACAAGCCUUACAAGUGUCCACAUUGUCCAUAUGCUUGUAUCCAGGCAAUAUCAUACAAAACACAUCUGAAGAACAAACAUCCAGGUUUAGGUGGACUCUUUGCUUGUAACCUCUGCCCUUUCCGUUCUGUAAGCAAGGAUAACUACGUUAACCACAUGUCUGACCACAAACGAGGAGCUAUACCUGCAAAUAAAAGCAGCAAUCAGACUAACAGUACUGGGCAAAAUUCAUCUAAUGGUUCACAGGAGAUGCAGCAAGAUUCUGCUGGGCAGGUUAUUAAUACACUUCACUUCUCAGAUACAACACUACAGGAACUGGAAGGACUGCUUCCUGGCAACAUCACUGCUGCACAGUUAAUCUACAGUUGUCUCACUGCCUUGAGUAAUGAUGGUCUCCCCGUCAACCUGCCACCUGGUGUCACCACCACCUCGACUGAAGAUGGUUCGCAAACCAUCACUAUCCAGGUUCCUGCUACAACCCAGCAAGGUGUUGGAGAAGCUGAACAUUAUUAUUUAACGAUUCAACAACAAGAUGGUAAUACCAGUUUCCCAAUCUCGGCAGCUUCAGAAAACUCUCACUCUGCAGCUGAAAGCACUCAAAGCAUUACUGAUGAAACUGCUGGGGAACACCGGAAACAGGUUUCAGGGACCUAUGUUACUCCUGAUGCUUCCUCUCAGCAGGAUUCCCCAUUAGCUUCAGUAGGCGUGAGUGAGCAUGCCCUCAUUCCACAAGCUGCCAGUUGUUAGUGUCUGUGAGUGCAAACAUUCUUGUGUUAAGCUGCUAACUUGUGUUUGAGGACAGUCUAAUUCCACAAGUUACUAACUCAACUAUUUGUAAGUGACAACAUACAAGCUCUUAGUGACUGAGAAUACUUUCCCAUUGCCUGUUAGUGUUUGUAAGUGUGGACACUCAUCAUACAAGCCGCUAUCUGUCUGCUUCCAUGAGCCAAUAGUUUAUGCAUGUCUAAAAAACAAGAUACCCAAUGCAGGUUGGUGUUAAUGAGAAUGUUGAAUUUGCUAACAGCUAGUAGUUGGUGUUUAUAAAUAGAGAAAACUCAUCCUUCAGUUUUGCCAGUUGUCUAUCUUUGAUUGGAAAUUGUGAACAGUCCAUAUUACCAGUGUCAGUAAGUAAUGUAUCUGAACAAGAGAACAACUCUUUUACAACUUACUGGCUGUUAGUGUAUGAGUAAGUUUAUGUAAGUAAGAAUAUGUACAUCACAGCCUGUUACUUUCAUGUAACAAAAUGUCAGUUGUUAAUUUCUUUCACCAAGAGUUCUUCUAAUGCAAGAUGCUGUUUGUUAGUAUCUGCCAGUAAGAACUCUUCUCUCACAAGAUACUAGCUGUUAAUGUCUUUCACCAAGAGCUCUUGUUGUGCAAGAUACUAGCUGUUAGUAUUCAUCAGUAAGAGGAUUUCUUAUACAAGAUAUUAGCUUUUAUAAUUUGUCGUUAGGAGUUCUUCUCUCACUAGAUGCUAGCUUUUAGUAUCUGUCAAUAGGAGCUCUUCUCUCACUAGAUUCUAGCUGCUAGUAUCUGUCA